UUGAUAAUUAACGGAACACCCCCAAAAAACAUUUACCUUUAUUUGUAUAUAUUAUAUGUGGAAAGGAAGACGGUCAACGUGAAAGAGUAAGAAAGUUUCUAACGUACUGCAAGGGUGUCGUUGAUCAAGUGUUGUUAAUAAUAAGUUGUUUGGGGUUUUUUUUAUAUCAAAAUGCUAUAUUUACCUGCAAGAUUGUGCCAUGCCGUAAUUUGGAUUGGACUUUUUGUUUCCGCGAAUGGACAAGAACAGAAGGGAAGUAGGCUGCUGGAAAAACUCAAUGUUCAGCCCGAAUAUCCACCGCCUUCUCCAUCACCACCAUCACAGAAUAUGCCGCCAACAGGUCUGCCAGACAGUAAUCUAACUAGCACACCUGCACCUACAAACACAGAUAGAAUGGCAUCUAUCAGACAAUUUGAGAAAAGGGAGAAGCAACAGGUAAUUCAGGAAGAGAGUGCGCGAAAGAGGAAAUUGCAGAAACAGAGACGGGAGGAACAGAGACUAAUAGAUCAGGGACUCAUGGGAUGGCGGGCACAGUUUCUAAAUAAGAAAAGACUCAUGGGACUGAGAUGGCGGGACCAUAGAGAUCCGCGAGAACAGAAACGGGAGGAAAAGAGACUGAAGGAACAGAGACUAAAGGAACAGAGAUUCCUGGAACAAAAACUGCAUGAACAGAAACUACUGAAACUGGAAUUUGAUGAACAUAAAUUGCAUGAUAAAAAACUGCGAGAACAGAAACUACUGGAACAGAAACGGGAGGAACAGAGACUGAAGGAACAGAGAUUGCAGGAACAAAAACUGCGAAAACAGAGACUCCUGGAACAGAAACUGGAGGAACAGAGACUGAAGGAACAGAGAUUGCAGGAACAAAAACUGCAAGAACAGAAACUUGAGGAACAGAGGUUGCAUGAACAGAGAAUGGAAGAACAGAGACUACAGGAACUGAGACUUCAUGAACAGCGACAACAGGAAGAGAAGCUACAGGAAAAACGACUGCAAGAACUUAGACUGCAGGAUCAAGGGUUGUCUCACAAUCUACGGCAUAUAGUCAAAGGUCAAAUGAACCCCGGCCAAAUUAUUCCUGGAAAUGACAACGGGAGGUCCAUAUUUGGUCAAAGCGAUGGUAUCCAGGAUCGUCCAUCAGACACUCUGAUUGAAUAAGUUGAUUUAGGCGAAUGAAAUUCAGGUGUAGCAAAUGCAGCGGUUUAAUCUACUAGGUGAUCUCUCAUCAAAACUAAAAAAUGGAGCUCUACAUUAACAUUUUAAUCCACUUCAGGAAUAAAUAGGGAUAUUACUUGUCCUAACCUUAUAUGAACUUGUCUUGACCAUUCAACCUUUUUCAUCCCAAAUAUUUAGUAUUUAUAAAUGAUUUGUAACAACAUUAAAUAAUUAAAAAACAA